CCAGCAUGAACGAACAAUGCUGACCCCAGAUAUAAACGAAAGGAACCUCUAAAACUUGCUGACUCGGUAAUAUCAUCGAUUGUGGGUUACCGAUAGUUCAAAAUCGAAAUCUCGGCUGCUUUUGUCCCAUCCCGACUCGCAUCACCUCGCUUUUGUCGAGUUGGGUCUGUGGUAGGUUUCCCAAUCCCGCAAACGCAAUUGUACUUGAACGAGUUUCGCUCUCUUUCCUGUCAACAUAUUUUUUUUUGUUCGGCAACCAUACCGCUUUUCCCUCUCAUAUCACGCACAAUGAAGCCGGAAUAUCUCGAAUUUCGCCUUCGGAAACUCUAUGUCAACACCGACUCGGAGAAACGGCUGCAGAAAAAGCAGCCUUCACGCAUCUACGUGAAUGAGCUGGCCAUGCUGGAACUCGUUGGCACCCUCGAUGGCGGCAGGCUUGUAUCCGUUGAAAAAGUCGCGGCCGACGAGGCCCUAGUCCGACAUGAGGCCACCCUUUGGAAGGCACCUGAGAAGCUAGACAAGUCCAUCGCACAGAUGUACGACUCCUUCCGGGAUGCUUGUGACUACAAGCUGGGCGAGACAGUCCGAAUCAGGUCGUUGGGCGGGUCCCUGCCAGACGCCGAAGAAGUCAUCCUUGAGCAACUUCCCGAUCAAGACGGCGCUGUCCCGCAUCCUCUUGCCCCCGAACACAUUCCCGGGUGGGAAUUCUUUCUGGCCGGCCGCCUGGCUCAGAUGGAGCAUGUCUACGCCGGCUUAACCUUCAAGAACCUCUACUGCAGGGGACCCGAGAGGUCCUUUGCUGUUAUGUCGGUGAACGGGAAGAGGACGGGCAACGCUCGUUACCUGGAUGAGAAGACCUCCGUCAGGAUUGCUACGACGCCCGCCGCUGGGGGUCAGAUCAACAAUACUCCCUCGAGAAGACUCAAAGUUACAGGCAUUCGAGGGCUGGACGCCCAGGUCGCUCAGCUCAACAGGAUCCUGGCCGGUUUUGACGCCAAUGUCCCUCGCCAAGUAAUGCCGUCGUAUUCGGGCAUCGUCAUCCACGGCACCCACGGCACAGGCAAGACGAUGCUCCUAAAUGGCAUCGCGAGCACAGGCUGGGGCACCGUUAUCCGCAUUCAGUACAAGGACAAGCUCUCAGACGUCCAAGAAAUGCUCCAAAGGGCCAAGUUACAGCAACCAAGCAUCGUGCUCAUCGACCAGCUCGACCGACUGAUCGACAAGGAACGCAACAACCGGGCUGCAGUUAUCCUUGCCCUCUGCGAGGCGCUCGAUUCUCUUGCAGCAGACAGAGCCGCCAAGACGGAGAUGCCUAAGGUGGUCGUUGUAGCAACCUGUUUGGACUAUACCACCGACGUGCCCGCGGAUUUGAAAGAACCCCAUCGUCUAACAAGCGAGAUCUACCUCCCCAUGCCCGAUGCCGAUGGCCGGAGGGAAAUACUCGCUUCGCUCGACCUUGACGUUGCUCCCAGUCAAGAAGAGGACCUCAUCCGGCAAUUGAGCGAGCGCACCCACGCCUACAACGGCAAGGAUCUUUGCCGCCUAGUCGAUCAGGCACAUCAAUUGGGAUUUGAUCGCUAUCGUGAAACCACAACAUCCUCACCUCCCGACUCGAGCAUUCCUACUCCUCUUUCAGACGAGACCGAACAGCAAGAAAGCAAGCCGUCCGCCCCAGAAGCCGUCUUCCUCCAACCUGCCGAUUACCAUGAAGCCCUCCGCCUGGUUCGGCCAUCUGCUAUGCAUGACAUUAACCUCAAACCGCCCCCAAUUCGAUGGGAUGACAUUGGCGGCCAAGAGUCGGUAAAGCUCUCCCUCCGUCGCGCCGUUCGCCUUUCAGUCCAGCCACCAGACGUGCUUUCUCGAUUUUUCGAGCGUCCCCCAAAAGGUUUCCUCCUGUAUGGCCCACCAGGCUGCUCCAAAACCAUGGCCGCGCAAGCUAUGGCGACCGAGUCUGGGCUGAACUUCUUCGCCGUGAAGGGCGCCGAGCUGCUCAACAUGUAUGUCGGCGAGUCCGAGCGCGCCGUGCGCCGCCUCUUCCAGCGGGCUCGCGAAGUCAGCCCGAGCAUGAUCUUCUUCGACGAAAUUGACAGCAUUGCCGGCCAACGCAGCGGCUUCAGCCACUCCUCCACCUCAUCCAGCAGCUCAGGCCACAGCGGGAUCAACGUCUUGACAACCCUGCUCAAUGAGAUGGACGGAUUCGAGGCGCUCCACGGCGUGGUCGUCCUGGCCGCCACGAACCGGCCGCAAGCGCUGGAUCCGGCUUUGCUGCGGCCGGGCCGCUUUGACGAGCUGAUAUACGUCAGCCCGCCCGACGAGGACGCUCGCCGCGCCAUCUUCUCCAAGGUUGCUGCGCAGCGGCAAAUGCACCCAGACGUGGAUAUCGACCGCCUCGCCCAAGAAACAGAAGGAUACUCUGGUGCCGAAAUCAAGGGCAUCUGUGCCGCCGCCGGCAUUGCGGCGUACGAUCGGUUUGAGGAAGGUGGCAUCGGAGCGAUCAUGAUGCAGGACCUGGAGAAAGCGAUACGGAACCAGAAGCGACAGAUCACGCCCGAGAUGUUGAAAGGGUUUGAGGAAUGGGAGAGGCAGUUUCGAAAGUUUUGAGCAGAUUCCCUAGGGGCAAUCACUAUAAGAAACAAUCACUAUACGGGGAAGCAGUUGGCUGGGCGGGUAUUGGUUGGGCAGCAGGGACGCAUAUCUGGAUGGGAUACACAAAGCAUAUAUUGGGAUAUUCAUGAGAUCAACGAUGUAUAUGUUCAUCCGUCGAAUAUGAAUUCGUACUGCGGCACCU